CCUUGACUGCAAACAACAACAGCCCAUCACAAGAGCUGCCGCCAUGUUCCCCCAACGUUGUGCAACCAACAAGCCUUGCGCGGCCGUUCUCGGACAAUUGGACCAGUCAAGGGCCUUGGGGACGGGAGGCGACACAUUUUUUUUGAACAUCGCGUGCUUGCAGAGGAGACGUUCUUGGGGGCUCAAUUUGGAAUGAUUUACUAAUCAGUCACUUGGACUUGUCUGUCGUCUCACGCCAUGUAGGCUGAUUGAACUGCUCCCUGCGUUUUCUCGACUUUGGCCGUAGUCUGCGUUCCCGACUCGUCCAUUCUUCUACCCCGCCAACGUCAUCAUGGCGCCUGUCAACGUUGUCCACCUACCCAACGGCCAGAAUCUCACAGUAACGCCGGUAUUUGGCGGUCUUUUCUUCAAGUCCAGCGACAUCCAAACCCAUUCGCAUUUCCCGCCUGGUUGGACAGUUGUGCUCAAUUCGGAAGAUGAAGCUGCCGGCGAGGAACAGGAGCAACAGCUGCAGCCGCAGGAGGGUGAAGAAGACCUAUUUCCUCCGCGUCGUGUGCAUCGGUUCAAGCGACCAACCCUAACUGGCGACCACCUCUACAUAUCUUCCAUCUCGAAUCCGAGUAGCAAUGAAUUCAGGCCCGCUGCGUCACCGACGCGCCAAAUCGCCAUGAUGCUGUGGGCGACGCUGUACUGGUAUUUCCACCAGCCCGAGCCAACGCUGCAGGUCACAAACACACUGUCCAAGAAUACGGCCGAUGCAGGAAAGCCCAAAGGAGAGUGGCGCAUCAACAUCAACAGAGAAGGCGUGUUCAAGGGCAGGGUCGUGCUGCCCAAGCUCGAGCGCAUGAGUCUUAUAGCCACUGAGGAUUCAACAGUGGGCUGCGCCCAAGACGAAUCAUCACCCGAAGGCUGGUCGCGCAUGUUCGUUAGCCGGAGGACCUUUUGGCAGUUGGAUCCUAGAAUCUACCUCUUUACCCUUUCGCCGUUGGCUACACCCUUUCCAACAGCUUCACCAUAUCCUUCGCGACCGGCGUCGCCCGCCGCUGUAGCUGACGUGAAAAAAGAACAGCAGACGGAUCAGAUCUCGCAAGGUCUGUGGUCGCCCACCGCACCGGGUCCCUUCCACUCGAGCUCGCACCUGCCCACCUACUAUCCUCCGCCCCCAGCGCAGUAUGUCUUCACGAACAAUACCCGCCACCCCAUACGUCCGAAGCCACCGCGGCAGGGUGAGGUACUAUACACCAGAUACAUUCCCAGCGUUGGACAAUACCUAUCAUUCCGUGUGGCUUCGCUUUCAGCAAAGGCAGUGCGUCAUCAAGGUCCUGUGUCUGACCACGUACCUAAUCCGUAUCGGCUGAGUGGCACUGCCGCACCCGAUUCUCCAACCUCUGUGACGAACAAUGGCAUGUCUGAUGUGGAAUACCUGCACAAGUGGAUGAACGAUGCCCGCGUCUCACACUUUUGGGGUGAAGCAGGCCCUCAGUCCCACCAAGAAGAGUUCCUCAAGAAUGGCUUGCGGUCGAAAAAUUCUUUCCCUGUCAUCGGAUGUUGGGAUGGAAAACCUUUUGGCUACUUUGAGAUCUACUGGGUCAAGGAGGAUAACCUUGGCAAGUAUUUGCCUAUGGUCGGUGACUAUGACCGAGGCUUUCAUUGUUUGGUGGGCGAACAGGAGUUUCGGGGUCCGCAUAGGAUCAGGAUAUGGCUAAGCGCGUUAGUGCACUACUGUUGGCUUGCGGACAACCGGACUGAAAGAGUCAUGCUUGAGCCAAGGGUCGACAACGAAAAGCUUGCAAACUAUCUCCAAGAAGCUGGUUUCUACAAGGAGCGCGAGAUUAGUCUCCCGCACAAGCAGAGCAACCUUUUCAAGAUCAAUCGCGACGUGUGGCGAGGGCCAGCACUGUGAGCCCGCGGAGACGGGAAUAAUUGUGGAGUUGGGCAGAGCCGCAUGAACGCCCGCUUGGGGAAUAGAAUUUUGUGGAGUACCCAAGGGGAGGGGAGAUAGCACGGUCCAGGCUAUGUUUGCGUACAUAGUACUACAGUCGAAUACAUGCAUGUCUAUUAUGCCGAUUGUCGUCCUAAUGCCGGCCUGUCAGAAAUCGUAUCGAACAGGAUUGGUACCGAU